AUGGUUCGCUCUCCCAGUGUAUCCUCUGCAUCUAGCAGCAGCUCUCACUACCCUUGUGCUUCCUCUUCGCGACCUUCAUCGCCCUCCAAAAGGUCUUUCUAUGACCGCAGCUCAGCAUCAACCUCCAUGUCCUCACUGGACGCUUGCAGCACGCCCGCACAGCGCUGCAGCUGCGAGUUGAUCAAUGAGAGUCGACUUAAGAAAUUAUAUCACGAUCACGCCCAGUCCACGGACGGCCUUUGGCACGGGCCUCUCAGCGUCGCUGAGUGGACGAAGGAAUUCUUGCCAUCUCGCGAGACACCAACCAAACUCGACUCCGACGCGUUACCGGACACUCAUGAUGCAAUUGCAUUUGAGGACUACAUCACAAGCAGUGGGGUCUGUGCCACCGUCUUCCCUCGCGCCACACUCGGUGUGCACGGCAAGGAUCACACGACAAACACCUUCCUCUCUGCCGACGUCUCGAUCCUUUCGAAGGAUCUUGCGCUUGAUCACGACAGUCGCGUCGUACGCGAUGAGCUCUUGGGCUGCACACUCGCUUUCGGCGACAUCGUCCCCGAGAAAUACGACCCAUGUCCGUUCGCCGAGGGAAAGCCGGACACAGAAGAAGCCGCCUACACGCGUGGCCGACUCGCCGCGAUCAUGCGCGCCGUCGCUGUCAACUCUCACCGCACAUUCUGCUUCGCCUUUGUCGUCAUGCCCGAGUUCGCUCGCCUACUACGCUUCGACCACGCCGGCAUUGUCUACUCCGAACUCUUUCCCUGGAGAACGUCCGGCGAUCUGCUACACUUCAUGGCCACCUUCGACCGUAUGACGCCAGCCCAGCGUGGCUGUGAUACAUCUGUGUCAGCGAUCGCGUCGGACUCAGAAGAGGCCGUGCAGGCGAAGGAGAUCCUGGAAAGCUCGGAUGCUUUGCCGGCAGGCGUGCAUAAAACGUCUGUCAUUCCAAAGCGGCACCGCGGCACGCUCACCCUUAUGAACGUAUACGAUGACGAGCAAGAGGCGUACCAUCGGAUUGUCGUUCACCGGCCUAUCAAGUCAGUGGAGUUCUUCACUGGCCGCUCGACACUCGGCUUCUACGGCGUGGAUCUGGACGAAGGAGUUGUCGUGUAUGUGAAGGAUGCUUGGCGCAUAGCCUCUGCGAACGCAGUGUCGGAGGCGGCGACCUACAGGCGUCUUAUAAAACACGAGGUCCCAUAUCUCCCGGGAUUCUACCACGGCGGUGACGUCGCAUCCUGGUCAAGUGCAAAGCCGACGACAUCGACUGCUGGUAUCGAGCACAAGACGCGCUCACAAGACUUCGUCCGCAGCCGCGAUGACCUUCUCCGUCGACCCGGCACCAUCAAGGUCGGGCUAAAUCCACAUGUACACCAUCGCCUGCUCUUCAAGAAGAUUGGACGUCCCUUGAAGUCGUUUGAGAGCACGCUCCAGCUAUGUACCGCACUGCACCAUGGAAUUCAAUCUCAUGGCGCUGCGUACGAAGACGCCCGGAUUCUCCAUCGUGACAUUAGCGGUGGCAAUAUACUCAUCGAUAAGGAUGGCUUUGGCAUGCUCAUCGACUGGGAUAUGUGUGUCUGGCGCGAGAAUGAGGCGGAGGUUGAGAAGAUUGGUCAGAAGAUUGGUACUUGGGCUUUCAUGUCAGCCACGUUGCAAUUAGGCUUCGACGAACGACCACAUCUCCUACGCGACGAUCUGGAAUCAUUCGUUCACAUUCUCUACUACUACGUCUUCCGCUAUCGACCGACGGCGCCCGCUGGAUCACCAAUCCAGAAACAUCUCUUCGCCAGCAUGGAGAAAGUGUUCAACACAGUGCUCUAUACUGGCGAUGAGGUAAUUGGAGGGGACGACAAAUCAAAUUAUCUGGCUUCUGCCACACACUUCGACCCGCGCAUGAUGCACGAAUAUGUCCACCCCGAACCCCUGCGCCGACUCAUGUUCGUUGUACGCGAUACCUUUGCGCCUCUGUACGCGUCAGAGCCCUUAAUGGACGGCUCGCUCAAGGGGGAUGUGGGUGCUCGUCAGUUGCGGAAACUGCAAGCAUACCGCCAGGCCUUUGACGCUGCCUGUACCCGGCUGGAGUCCUCGGGGUACUUGAGCUCACUCUUCCGUACAUGGACUGAAGACUGCGACGCCACACGCUAUCAGUGGCCUACGGACGAUGCCGCCACCGACCAAAUGCACCCUCCCAGCCCUUCACAUUCUGCGACAAAACCAAGUUUAUUCGAUUCGCGUAGUAGCCGCAAACGCUCUCUUGACCCUGCGGAGGAUUCGUGUGCGCAUUCCGGGAAGGCGAGGCGCGUCACAAUCGAUGGGGAUUUUUCUGCUGGUGCAUCUGCGCGAAGUUGUCUUGCUUCUGGUCGCGAGAGCUCUCGCCUGGUAAUCCCUUCGAAGGCUCAAUGA